AUGUAAACUUCUAUACUAGAAGAUAUAUAAGGAGUCAUUGAUUUUUCUCAAGGACUUGAUAAUUUUACAAGAUAUGCCCACCCAGAUGAUGAAGUAAUGUUUUUUUUACCAGCCAUAAAAGAUCUUGAAAGCUAAUACGAAAUGCACUUAUUAAGUUUUUCAAACGGUGAUUUUGAUAAGCUAGGUAAAAUAAGAGAAAUAGAACUCGAGAAAUCUUGUAAAAAACUUGGUUUUGUUAAAUAUUAAAUAAUAAACGAUUAAGAAAUACAAGACGGUAUGUAAAAUAAAUGGCCAAUUUAAAAAAUGGCGGAAAUAGUAAAAAAAUACACCAUUGAAAAUAGCAUUAAAGGAAUUUUUACUUUUGAUAAUAAAGGAGUAAGUGGACAUCCAAAUCAUAUUGACGUUUAUAAAUGCAUAUACUUUUAUUAAUACAGUUGA